AUGCAGAGUGCCAGCAAGUCCCUCAAUGGUGUCAUAUCUGUCCUUUUUAUUCAUUGCAGGGUUUAUUUUUAGCCUGAAACAACUGCUUCCUAAAAAUGGAGUUCCUAAUGACACGGGAGCUGGACACAGCUAUGUAAGGUAUCCAGGGCUUGGCCUGACAGCUUCUCCCGUCUGUCUCUCUCUUUGUUGUGAGUACAGGACAGCAAAGUUUGCUGCUCGUCACCAGCCUUGCAGUGUUUGGGCUCAACACUAGGAAAGCAGCAGAUAGAAACUCAGAGAAACUUAGUUCAAACUUCACCUGGAGUCUUUGGUCUCCCUCUCUUCUCAAAUUAAGAGAGAGGGGCACAUUUACCCACCCUUUGCUGCACUCCAAGGGUGCCCCUAUGAAGGCAAUUUGCUGGAUCCUGGCAGGUUUUUACCUGCUUUUCUGCUGCAAGGCAGAAGAAGGACUGAACUUCCCUACUUAUGAUGGGAAAGACCGAGUGAUCGACCUGAAUGAGAAGAAUUACAAGCAGGCACUGAAGAAGUAUGACAUGCUCUGCCUGCUCUUCCAUGAGCCUGUGAGCUCUGACAAGGUCUCCCAGAAGCAGUUCCAGAUGACAGAGAUGGUCCUGGAGCUGGCAGCUCAGGUCCUGGAGCCCAGGAGCAUUGGCUUUGGGAUGGUGGACUCCAAGAAGGAUGCCAAGCUUGCCAAGAAGUUAGGCUUGGUUGAAGAGGGAAGUCUCUAUGUCUUUAAGGACGAGCGGUUGGUGGAGUUUGAUGGGGAACUGUCUGCAGAUGUCUUGGUGGAAUUUCUCUUGGAUUUGCUAGAAGACCCCGUGGAGGUCAUAAACAGCAAGCUGGAGCUUCAGGCCUUUGACCAGAUCGACGACGAAAUCAAACUCAUCGGCUACUUCAAGGGAGAAGACUCAGAACAUUACAAGGCAUUUGAAGAAGCUGCUGAACAAUUCCAGCCCUAUGUCAAGUUCUUUGCCACCUUUGACAAAGGGGUUGCCAAGAAGCUAGGCCUAAAGAUGAAUGAGGUGGACUUCUAUGAACCCUUUAUGGAUGAGCCUGUUCACAUCCCCGAUAAGCCCUACUCGGAAGAGGAGUUGGUUGAUUUUGUGAGAGAGCACAGAAGGGCCACCUUGAGGAAGCUGCGCCCAGAGGACAUGUUUGAGACGUGGGAGGAUGACAUGGAGGGUAUCCACAUCGUAGCCUUUGCUGAAGAAGAUGACCCAGAUGGUUUUGAGUUCCUGGAAAUCCUGAAGCAGGUUGCCAGGGACAACACCGAUAAUCCCGACCUGAGCAUUGUCUGGAUUGACCCUGAUGACUUUCCUCUGCUCAUCACUUACUGGGAGAAGACCUUCAAGAUUGACCUGUUCAGACCACAGAUCGGGGUGGUGAACGUCACGGACGCUGACAGCGUCUGGAUGGACAUCAGAGAUGAUGAUGACCUGCCCACAGCCGAGGAGCUGGAGGACUGGAUAGAGGACGUGCUUUCCGGGAAGAUAAAUACCGAAGACGAUGACGACGAUGAAGAUGACGAUGAUGACGAUGAUGAUGAUGACGACGAUGACGAUGACGACGAUGACGACGAUGACGACGAUGACGAUGACGAUGACUAACUGUGACUCUGUGCAGUUUGACUUGUGGGGCCCGAGAGCCCUUGCCCUGCGGCAGGUCCCUCCAUUGGAAGACCUAUGUUUGAGCAUCAGCAAGCACCGCCGCUCCUCUUUCCCCCCUGCCCCGCUCCCCCUGCCCUCGCCCGUGCCGGGACCCCCUCGCCUGAUUCCCAGCGGUGCUGAGCCACCGGGACUGCCCCUGCGGAGGGCAGCACCUGCAGGCACCCAGCACCGCUGCAAAUCAUGCCUCCUUAGUAAGGACAGCAGGAAUCUGCAGGGAAUCUGCCCCGAGUGUCCCAGGGCAGGAGAAAAGUGCCUGCCUGCUUACUGCCAGAGGGACGCAGGGAGCCAGUUUGUAUUUUCUGUGUUCAUUAGCCCAGCACUUAACAUCCAAAGACCAAAUCUCACUUCAAGACAUAGGGAAAACCCUAACUGUAAAGUUUAGCCCUUUUAUUAAACACAAUGCCCUUUGCAGCUACUCUGCCAAGACCACUCAAUCCUGCAAGUUCUGCUGCGGGAGUCUGUAGCAUGCUAAGUCCCUAACAUGCUAAGAGCCAGAAAAAUGCUUUGGGAGGGGAGGGAGGUUUUAGGGAUGCUAUUAAAGUUUUCAGUGAUUCCACGUAA